GCCAAGUUCAAGCGAACAACACAGGACGAUCUACAUUGUACCUUCAGAGGCGCGAAACAACAAGACCACGUUCUCCUCGUCCGAGCCCAUUCCAAGAGCACAUCAUUCUCCCAGAAAUGCUCUCUUCUCAAGGUAUCUCGACGUACAUGGGAUAGUGCGACGAAGGAAUAUGAGCGAGGUGGAAAGUCGUCAAAGUCCCAGCAGAUUAGAAUGGGUAGUUUAUCGCAAUAAGUUGUCUCGCAAACAUCAUUGUUUGCUUAUUUUCCCUCGACGAGAUACAUCCUGUUUCUUGUCUCUCAUCCCCGAUGCUGUCCCUCUAUCAUCUUUGAUGCUUCCAGGAACUCAUGACACGAUGGCUUUUUAUGGAUGGCCUAUUGCCCAGUGUCAAUCGCCAAGCACCCCCCUCGAAAGACAACUUCACUCUGGCAUUCGAGUUCUCGACAUACGCUUAGCCAUCGUCGAUUCCCACCUCAUUUCAUACCACGGAAUAUACCCGGAACGCGCCCUGUUUUCGGAAAUCUUAUCAACGGUAUACACGUUCCUUACAACACCCUCGACCUCGCGCGAGACCAUAGUUAUGUCAAUCAAGCAGGAAGAUUCUGAUACGCAACGUUUCAGCAAGCUUGUACGGCAAGAGAUUGUUGCCUCGCCAGGGGGUUUGGGCAUGUGGUAUUUAGAAAAUAGAAUACCAACCCUGGGUGAGGUGAGAGGCAAGGUCGUAAUGUUCAGUCGUUUCGGCAGGGAUGGUUGUGACUGGGACAGCGCGGGUAUUGGAAUCCAUCCGCCUAUCUGGCCUGAUAAUGACAGACUCGGUUUUACUUGGAACUGUCAAGACACCCUGGUUCAGACUCACGACUGGUAUGCAAUCCCCACCUUCCUUUCUAUUCCCGAGAAAGUUGCUCUUUCAACCAAUAUCCUCGUUGAUUCCCGUGAUUCUUCUUCCCUGACCUUAUCGAUAUCAUUCCUUUCUGCAUUGUCAGUACCAUUAGCGCUCCCUCCCACAAUGGCCCGCGGCCUCGGAUGGCCCCAAUGGGGAAUUGGAUUUGAAGGUGUCAAUGCUCGAGUCGGCAAAUGGCUUCUCGAUCAGUUCGAUGAACGAGAAGAGAUUGACGUAGAUAGGGAACCGCGGAUCAGGGGUUGGGCACUCAUGGAUUUCUACGAAGACCCGAUGGGGCAAAGCGUUGUCCCGCUGCUUGUAGAAUGCAAUUUCAGAGGGAGACAGUGCGAGGAAGGUUGGGUGUGAGUUGCGGAAGAAUAAAAUCUUCAAGUCGGACUCCCUUUGGCUCUCUGCAGAAAGAAAUAUAGCAAUUUUCUGUAAUAGGUCGCGAGAUAUGCAUCUGGAAGAUGCAUGAUUUGCCCCAUGACGAUCACCUUCAUCCACUA